AUGCAGGGGAGCUACCUAAAGAAGCGGCUGCGCGCCAAUGUGCAGGCAAAGCUGUACAGCAGCUUCAUUCCUGGGCCUUUGAGCAGAGGAAAAGGGGAAGUUCCCCACCCCAUAUACAGAACCCAUGAAAGCAGCACAGACUUGACCAAACUGACCCAAAGGAGUACCUACAACACAUACAAAAAUAGGGUGUUCACCCCAGGGAUGUACGGUAAUGUGCCCCCCAAUUAUAUGAACAUGCAAAUGAACAGCCAUGAAAAUAACGCGAGUGGCUCGCCAAACGGGAUGAGUUUUAAUUACGAAAAUCAGCCGAACAGUUAUCACCCGAUGAAGUACAACUAUGGAGUGAAUGCCGAAGGUGUGGACAACCCGGCCAUGGCCACUUCCGCCUCUGCCGCUGCUUCUGCUGCCACCGCCAACACGACGUACCAAUACUUUAGCAUUUUUGGCAGCUCGGCCAUGUGCCUAAUAAAGCCAAUAUACCCAGACUACAUCGUUAAUAAAAACAAAGUGACCAUCUAUGGAAAGGGGGGGUUCCAAUUUGUCUUCAUGAAAAAACACAGCAACUCGAAUAGGUACGACAAAGGCAACAAAAUGAGCAUAAUACUCAAAAUCAACAGUUUGGCCCAUUUGCUCUCCCUCAAGGACGCGGAGAAGAUAAAGACGCCCAUAUGUGUCAAGGGCAGCAACAACAACUGCCUAAUAAUCGAUAGGCACAAGGAGAAGAAGGACCACAUAGUGAUACGUUACAAGUACCAGCCGUCUGCCGCCAACCCGGAUGGCAACUUGGGAGAAGUGAAUAGCCUCGAUGUGGAAGUUAACCAGAGUCUCCAGAUUAACAACUUGAGUGACGAGAAGAAGAACAAUUUUGAGGAACUCCAUGUCAGCUCUCCCUUUUCCGAAUUUCUGCUUUUUCAGAAGGCAGCCAAUUUGUUGCUCCCGCAGUUGCUCGGCUGGGCCAGGCAGCACUGA